GUCAGCCCGUCACCGCUCCCGUUGGAUGCAGCUGCGGAGCGGCGAGAGAGACUGAACGGUGAUUGAAAGAGAAGAGAGCUGAACGGCGGUGGCGGCGGCAGCCAUCUUAAAACAACCGCACUAAUCCGAGAUAUACAUCUUCUGGAUAUUUUUACAACGCUGAGCUAAAUCAGAUUCUACCGGGCGAGAGGAGACAGAGUAACAUUGUUUAAAUCCUUCGCUGUUUUUGUAACGAAGACGGGAUGCGGAUCCGUGGGGUGAAACCUUUCGCUUCUGCAGUCGGUCUGCUUUUAGGACUAUUAUGCGCGGUGGAGGCAGCCAAAGUAAAUAAGCACAAGCCAUGGAUUGAGACCACGUAUCACGGUAUCGUAACGGAAAAUGACGACAAAGUUCUCCUGGACCCUCCGCUGAUAGCCUUGGAUAAAGAUGCCCCGUUGCGCUAUGCAGAGAGUUUUGAGGUGACCUUCACCAAAGAAGGGGAGAUCUGCGGCUUCAGGAUUCACGGGCAGAACGUGCCGUUCGAGGCGGUGGUGCUGGAUAAGUCCACUGGCGAGGGUGUCAUCCGGGCCAAGGAUAAACUGGAUUGUGAGCUGCAAAAGGAGCACACCUUUACCAUCCAGGCCUACGACUGUGGAGAGGGACCUGAUGGCAGCAACAUGAAGAAAUCUCACAAGGCUACCGUCCACAUCCAAGUGAAUGACGUGAACGAGUAUUCACCGGUGUUCAAAGAGAAGUCCUACAAAGCCACAGUGAUCGAGGGCAAAAAGUAUGACAGCAUCCUGAAGGUGGAGGCCGUGGACGCUGACUGCUCUUUCCAGUUUAGUCAGAUCUGCAGCUAUGAGAUUGUCACCCCCGAUGUCCCCUUUACGAUUGACAAGGAUGGCAACAUCAAGAACACAGAGAAGCUGAACUACAGCAAGGAGCGCAUGUACAAACUCACUGUGACCGCAUAUGACUGCGGUAAAAACCGUGCAUCUGAGGACGUUCUUGUGAAAAUCAACAUCAAGCCCACCUGCAAACCAAGCUGGCAAGGAUUUAAUAAACGGAUUGAAUAUGAGCCUGGUACAGGCAGUCUAGCCCUGUUCCCCAGCAUGCACCUGGAGACCUGCGAGGAGCCAAUCACCUCCAUUCAGGCCAGCAUUAUGCUGGAGACCAAUCACAUUGGCAAGGGCUGUGAUCGCGACACGUACUCUGAAAAAUCCCUGCACAAGCUGUGCGGUGCCAGCGCUGGCACUGUGGAGCUGUUGCCUGCUCCCAGCAACUCUGCCAACUGGACCGUUGGCUUGCCCACUGACAACGGGCACGACAGCGACCAGGUGUUUGAGUUCAACGGCACCCAGGCCAUCAAGGUCCCUGAGGGUGUGGUGAGCACCACCCUGAAAGAGCCCUUCACCAUCUCAGUGUGGAUGAGGCACGGACCUGGUGGCAGGGAGAAAGAGACCAUACUCUGCAACUCUGACAAGACCAAGAUGAACAGGCACCACUAUUCCCUGUACGUACACAACUGUCGUCUUGUGCUGCUGCUGCGUCAGGAACCUACCGAAUCGGAGAACUACAAACCAGCUGAAUUCCACUGGAAACUCGAUCAAGUGUGUGACAAAGAAUGGCAUCACUAUGUGUUGAACAUUGAGUUCCCAGCAGUGACUUUGUUUGUGGAUGGUGCCACCUUUGAGCCCUUCCUGGUCACGGAGGAUUACCCUCUGCAUGCCUCCAAGAUCGAAACCCAGCUCACCAUCGGCGCCUGCUGGCAAGACCUCUCAGGACAUGACAAUGAUACUGAGACUCUCUCAGAGCCUUUGACAGGUGGCAGCGCCCGCAUGACUCAGUACUUCCGGGGCAACCUAGCUGGACUCAUGAUCCGCUCCGGCAAACUGGAGAACAAGAAAGUUAUCGACUGCCUCUACACCUGCAAGGAAGGUCUUGACGUGCAGCUUCCAGAGGAAGUAGCCUCUGCUGUGAAAGUGGAGUUUAACCCCAACCAGUCCUCUCUGAGUCUGGAGGGAGAUGACAUUGAGAGCUUUGAGAAGGUCAUGCAGCACAUCUCCUACCUAAACUCGCGGCAGUUCCCCACCCCAGGAAUCCGCCAUCUGCGUGUGUCCACCACAGUCAAAUGCUUCAAUGAGGAGACGUGCAUCUCCGUGCCUGACUCUGAAGGCUACGUGAUGGUUCUCCAGCCAGAGGAGCCAAAGAUCAGCCUCAGUGGAAUAGACCAUUUUGCCCGCGGAGCAGCUGAAUUCGAGAGCACGGAGGGCGUCACGCUCUUCCCUGAGCUGCGCAUCGUCAGCACCAUCACACGUGAGGUGGAGGUGGAAGCUGAGACCGAAGCCGAAGGCGAGGAUGAUCCCACAGUGCAAGAGACGGUGGUAUCUGAGGAGAUCAUGCAUAACUUAGACACGUGUGAGGUGACUGUGGUGGGAGAUGAACUGAAUGGAGAUCAUGAGAGUUUGGAGGUGGAUCUGGCUCAGAUCCAGCAGAGAGCUCUGGAGAUGAGCUCCUCCAACGUGGGCAUGGUCAUCACAGGGGUUAACACCAUGGCGAACUAUGAACAGGUUCUGCACCUGAUCCGCUACAGGAAUUGGCACACAGAGGCUCUCUUUGACAGGAAGUUUAAACUUGUCUGCUCUGAACUCAAUGGCCGCUACAUCAGCAAUGAAUUCAAAGUCGAGGUCAACGUGAUCCAUACAGCCAACCCCAUGGAUCACGCUAACAACGCUAUGGUACAGCCUCAGUUCAUCAACCAAGUACAGCACGCUUCCGUGGACCUGUCUGGACACAACCUAGUCAACACACAUCAGGCCUCAGUUGUCCCCAGCGCUGCCACCAUCGUUAUUGUUGUGUGCGUGAGCUUCCUGGUGUUUAUGAUCAUCCUGGGCGUCUUCCGUAUCCGUGCUGCCCACCAGCGCACCAUGAGGGACCAGGAAAACGGCAAAGAAAAUGAGAUGGACUGGGAUGACUCUGCACUCACCAUCACUGUCAACCCAAUGGAGACUUACGAGGAUCAGCACAGCAGCGAAGAAGAAGGAGACGAGGAAGAGGAAGAAAGCGAGGACGGAGAGGAGGAAGACGACAUCACCAGCGCCGAGUCAGACAGCAGCGAGGAUGAGGGAGGCGAACAGGAAGACCAGCAGGGCUCGAGCAGACAGCAGCAGCUGGAGUGGGACGACUCCACCUACUGAUCCUCCUGAACACACAACAGUACACACUACUUACCAACACACACGUACACACACACACUCACACACACAAUGACAAAUCCACCCAUGCACAGUCACAUCCCUCUGCCAAUAGGGACGCCCACGUUCCCCCUACCUAAGGAGCCAUGCGUAAAAAACGCGGAAAACACUGAAAACUAACCGAUUAUACAAUAUAUGUACAAUAUAGAUGCGAAUAUAUCCGGUGUCUGUCGUGACAGGUGUUGCAGUCCGCUUCAUUUCCACCCGCCGAGGCUUCCCUAUCGACAUCUUAUCGUGGUGGUAUUCAGUGUAGUAUAGUAUCACAGCUCAAUGCAAGUUCCUAAUUUAUUGAAUCCUUUCCGAGGGAGUCCCGGCCUACGUUCGCAUUUUCUUUCAACUCCGUACGGACGCAUCCCUGCACUUUUACGUUCAAGCUUCGAGAAUGAUUUAAUGUAUAUUCCUUGCACAUGAUGUUCUAGGUUGAUUUGCUACAGGAAUACUAAAGUUUUUUUUUUUUUUUUUUUUUUGUAGAAAAACUCCUUUCACUUUAUAUUGCAUGGCAAGAUUUGCAAUCAUGGGUAUGGAAGAAAAACAACUGCUUUUUGAUAUUUUGUAAAUACAACCAUGUAAUUAGUCAACGUGUUAGUGAAAGCCUAACCAACGGUUUCCGGUAUCUAAAAAGACACUGCUGUAGAAUAUUUAUGUCAGAUGCUUUUAGCAUGUUUCAGAAAUCUCGUACAAAACACGUCCGCUUCACGGAGAGAAACCCAUGACAGGCUGAGGUUUCUGUGGCAAAGUGUCGCUCAUUUUGUCUUUUCUCUUGGAGGUGGGGUGUGCAUCUUUUCGUUCCGUUUCAUAGUGUUGGAUGGGCGUAGAGUCGGUUCAGUGCUUUGGCUUUACAUAUUCUAAUUCUAGCUGGGCUUGCGACGGCACAAAUGCUACACCGAGGCUUCAAUGUUUUUAAUUCAGUGACGUUUUGGGGACUAAUAAUCACAUUCAGGUGAUAAAUAUACAGUUGUUGUUUUUUUUUCACGUGGUACUGUAUGUUGUACAGUUUAGACACUGCAGUUAUUUAAGCCAUUCUUAAGUGAUAGUGCUUGUAUUUUCUGUAAUAAAUAGCGACCAAUUGGAAUCACAGUAUGCACUCUCAACAUUUAUGACUGAAAUGACAUGGGAAAUGGGUGCGCUGGUGAUUUAUCGACUGUCUGUUGCGUACUGUUACAACAGUCAGUUAUAUGAACAAAAUUAUGAGGGGUUAUUUUAAUUAAUUAUAUAUAUAUAUAUAUAUACACACACACACACCUCUAAUUUUGUAUUUUUAAAGUGAUUUUCUUUCCUAAUUUUAAUAUUUCAAGAUUAACCCACGUUAUUCUUCUCAUUUCAAAGCCCCUAAAAGCAUUAAAAGGGCUAAUUUGCCUCAUUAAAAGAAAUUCAACUCUUAAAGCUUAAAAUAUUUUUGCAGUAUGGCCGUUGGAUUUUAUUGUACAUGGAACUGUACUGUAGAGUUGUGUAAAGAUAUUUGUUUACAUUGGUAAACUUUUAUUCCGUUUUGGUGACGCUAUCAAUCUAGUCCAGAUUUGCAGGUCAUUUCUCUUCAGAAUCAUGUCAUAGUUUCAUUUCCUACCGUGAUUGGAUGUUUCAGGAUGCACCCCGUUUGAAAACGGUUAACUACUGGAGAAAAUAAUUUUUAGUUCGCAUUGGGCUUGAAAGAGAAUGUUAAUAUUUAGGAGAUUGUACAUUGUUUGAUUGUUUAGGAAAGACGGAUGUGAAGCUUUAGGGUACUACAUUCAGAUUUUUUUGUUUACAUGCAUGGAUAUUCUCAGUUUUAAGGCCUAAGCUAUGAGGCUUUGUUACGAUUGGUGGUAUGAAUAUAUUUUAUGUUACGUCAGAAGGGGUACGAGUUGUCGAGAAGGUCUGUUUUUGUGACCCGGCAGAUUUUUAGUUUUCGUUACAUGUUUUGGUCAUCAGGUUCCCCCUCAAAAUUGACCUUUUGACCUUUUUAGAAAAGGUCCAGAAUUCAGCUGGUGGAAUUGGGAGUGCCUUUUGCCUAUCACAGCGCAUUAAUAACAAAACUAACCAAACACUCAUCCAUGCCAUUUUAGUUGUUGCAGUUUUCUCAUUUUAUAAUUAUUUAAUAGUAGAUUUCUUACAGGUAUGGGGAAGUGAUUUUACUUUUAUUUAAUUUUCUGUUAGGGAUCAACAGCUAGUGGACGUUUGAAUUGUCCUGCAUAGAUGUCUUGUGUUCAUGUUGAUGUGUAGAGAAAAUAGGUCCAUACUGUAUCAUCAAUGAAUAUUGUACUAAAUCAUGUUUGAGGAAAUCCACUUGGAAAAGAUGUACAUUAUUAUAGGCAGCAUAUGUGGGUAUGUGUGUAUAGUGAAAGGUGUAUCUCCUGAAAACGCUGUAUGAAAUUCACAAGAUGAUUUCUCACAAGUCUCUCACAGUGCAGUCUUUUAAAAAAAUAAAACGUUUGAUUGAUUGUAGACCAUUCCAUGAGACCAAAUUUAGUAUAAUCAAUGUUUGUACUGAAAAUCGCACAAUUGUUUGUAUCUUCCCUCCUUUCCCCAGACGCAAAUAUUCAUCUGCAGGUUCUCAAGGGAAAAAAAAAAAUCAUGUGAAUUGUAUUUCAAAUGUGAUUUUGUCAUGUGGUUUUAAGACGCUGGCGCAGAAACUUUCCAUAAUAAAUAAGCGGUCUGUGCCGAGUGUUGAACGGCUGCAGAUGGUGGGUGUCUAAACGGGGCAUUGUCUUUGCAUGUAUAACACAAGAUAUAAAUAUUUCCUGUAACUGGCACAUGGUACUGUGGGUUUGGAGUGGAGUAGAUGGGACAGGAGACUGGUGAUACUACUGAAUCAAAGAUGAUCUGUCUCAGAUUUGCAGCCUUCAGUGGUCAUUGUUCACGUUUUUGAUUACUUUUAUUUUUUUUGCUCUAGAAAUGAAAACCGGGGAUGUUGUAGAACUGUUGGAUGCUGCCUUCCAGCUCAUUCACUUUUCUAUUAUUCAGAGGAAUAAUUAUAGUGAAGUUGAUGCUUGCUCAUGAACAAAAUAAAGGAUGAGAUGGGAAUAAA